AUGCAUCUCCUUGCGGCUUUGCUAAGCACCAUCAUCGCCACGGCGUGCGCCCAUGAUGUGCACGAGCGUGACCUGCCACCGCCAGUGGCAGUAAAUGAUAUGAGCUACACAAACUGUGCAAGUGCCGCAUGGCCGCCAUCAAACGUCGGUACCGAGUUGAUACCGCAGAAGCCUACCGAUGAGCUCAAGUCAAUGCUGGAUGAGCUCGAUCCCAAGAACAUCGAGGCCACCAUCACCAAGCUGGUUUCAUUCGGCACACGCCACACACUCAGCACCCAGAACAGCACUACACGCGGCAUCGGCGCAGCGCGGGACUGGAUUGAAUCCGAGAUGCGCAAGUACGCCAGCGCGAGCUCCGGCCGCAUGACCGUCACCGUGCCCUCCUACACCCAAGGCGUUGCCUCACGCAUCCCCUUCCCUGUCAAGAUCAGCAAUGUCCUCGCCACCAUCGAAGGCAGCACGACUCCAGACAAGGUCUACAUCAUGACGGGCCACUAUGACAGCCGCGUUACUGACGUGUUGAACUACGAAGCCGACUCGCCAGGCGCCAACGACGACGCCAGUGGUGUCGCCAUCGCCAUGGAACUGGCCCGCAUCCUGUCCACACGCCAGCCACGUUCAACCAUCAUCCUGGGCGCCGUUGCUGGCGAAGAGCAAAAUCUCUACGGCAGCACUUUCUUUGCGCAAACACUCCGCAACGCCUCCGUAAACGUCGAAGGCAUGCUGAACUGCGACAUCGUCGGCUCCUCCACCGGCGACCGCGGGCAGAAAGACCCCUUCACCAUCCGCGCCUUCGCCCAGGGCCCGCCCGCGUCCGAGAACGCGACGAUUGCUGCGCGCCGUCUGCAAAUUGGCGGCGAGAACGACAGCCCUGCGAGAGAGUUGGCACGAUUCUCCGCCGAGGUCGCUGCCAACUCGGCGACGGGAAUGCACGUUGCUAUCAUCUACCGCCUCGACCGCUUCCUUCGCGGCGGCGACCACAGUCCGUUCCUAGCCAACGGAUACCCAGCAAUCAGGUAUACGGAGCCGAAUGAGAACUUUGCGCACCAGCACCAGGAUGUGCGGACCGAGAACGGGACCGUUUUCGGUGACCUCAUCGAGUUCGUCGACUUCGACUUCACCGCGCGAGUGGGCAAGGUCAAUCUGGCUACGCUCUGGUCCAUGAGCGAGGCACCCGGGUGGCCGAGGAACGUCACCGUCGACACGACUGUUCUUGACAACGACACGAGGCUGAAGUGGAUCGUCUCUGAUGACCCCAACGUCGCCAGCUACGAGGUCGUAUGGAGGCCCAUCAUCAACCCGUUGUGGACACACAUGCUCGACGUCGGGAAAGUAGGAAGCGUGGUUUUGCCGCUCAGUAAAGACAAUGUUAUCUUUGGCGUCAGGGCUGUGGGGGCAAACGGGUACAAGAGCCCGGCUACAUACCCGUUCCCCGGCUAG